UAGUCCACUGCAUUACUUAGAAAACUUUAGUUACAGUUACUUUACAGAUUACUUGCUGCAUCAGAGCCAGAGAAGAACAUCUGAAAACAGCUGAUUUGUUCAAUCAGAUUAAUAAAACAGUGAUAAUGAAGAUAAUCAGAUGAAUGUUGACAUCAGAAGUGAUAAUCGAUCGAUCUGAUUGGUUGUGAGUGUUGUCUCAGGUGAUGUCUCUGGUGAUGUCUUAGGUGUUGUCUCAGGUGAUGUCUCUGGUGAUGUCUCUUGUCUCUGUGCAGGUGAGGAGGAUGAAGCUUCACUGAGCUCUCUGCUGCUCCUCCAGGUGUGUUCCAGGUGUCAGGUCACAUGAUGAGCUCCACCUUCUCUCCGUCCUCUUACCUGAGCUUCAGCCUGCCUCCUGCUGCUGCUCACUGUGACCACGCCUCCGUCCCCUUCCUCCUCUACCCUUCCAGCAUGGACCCUCUGAAGGGCCCCAGGCCCCCGCUGCUGCCCUACCUGUCCCCCUUCCACCACCACGGACACUUCAGCGUGUACGAGUGUCCCUUUGAGCCGGCGUUCAUCCAGAAGAGGAACGAGCGCGAGCGUCAGAGGGUCAGGUGUGUGAACCAGGGCUACGCCAAACUGAGGGAGCACCUGCCGGGACAGAGUGCCGACAAACGUCUCAGCAAGGUGGAGACGCUGAGGGCCGCCAUCAGGUACAUCAAGUACCUGCAGGGCCUGGUGGAGACGGACGACAUCGGACUCAACUCAUCUCCUGGACCAGACUGUGGACGACAGCCGGAGGGACAAACACGUCCAACAUCCUGCUGGACUGGAACUGAGAAAGAGCUACACGAAGAGAAUCUAUAACACAGACAACAAACAUCAGCUGAGACUGUCAAUCAUCUCCAUAUGAAUAAAGUUUAAUUAUUAUAAUUAAACUGCAGCAGCAGAAUUUACUCUGAUUACUGACAAUGACACUUAAAACAUAUAUGC